AGUCGGAGACUUUGGGGAUUGGUUCCCCGCGGACACCCAAAGAAGCCAAGAGACGGUCCCGCCUCCCUCCCGUAUCCCGGAGAGGGAGCUCCACGGAUUGGUCCCGGGAGUCUCCGCGCGCGCCGACCGACGCUCCAGGAUUGGCUGAGGGGGCGCUCGCGCAGUUGCGGAGCGUUGACGGUGAUUGGCCGGAGGGUGGGGGCCGGCUAUUUGAAGGAGGCGCGCGGACGAAAUACGCAGUUCAGACCGCGGUCAGAGGAGGCGGGAGCGGCCUUGGGCAGCGCUGCUCCGCUGACCCGACAGGACCCAGACGCGGGCUCGGUCCCGGCUCUGGCCUCAGCCGCGACCUGACGAGGCGAUGGCUAAGGUAUCGGUGCUGAACGUGGCGGUGCUGGAGAAUCCGAGCCCUUUCCACAGCCCCUUCCGGUUCGAGAUAAGCUUCGAGUGCAAUGAGGCCCUGGCGGACGACCUGGAGUGGAAGAUCAUUUAUGUUGGCUCAGCCGAGAGUGAGGAGUUUGAUCAAAUCCUGGAUUCAGUGCUGGUCGGCCCCGUCCCAGCAGGGAGACACAUGUUCGUCUUUCAGGCCGAUGCCCCCAACCCGUCCCUCAUCCCCGAGACCGAUGCCGUGGGUGUGACCGUGGUCCUCAUCACCUGCACCUACCAUGGACAGGAGUUCAUCCGAGUGGGCUACUACGUCAACAAUGAGUACCCCAACCCUGAGCUGCGGGAGAACCCGCCCCCGAAGCCAGACUUCUCUCAGCUCCAGCGGAACAUCUUGGCCUCAAACCCCCGGGUGACCCGCUUCCACAUCAACUGGGACAACACAGACAGGCUGGAGGCCAUAGAGAACCAGGACCCUGCCCUGGGCUGCGGCCUCCCCCUCAGCUGCACUCCCAUCAAGGGCUUAGGUCUCCCUGGCUACAUCCCUGGCCUCCUCCCUGAGAACUCCAUGGACUGCAUCUAACUGUGGGACUCUAGGCCCUACCUGGGCCCAGUCUCCUGGCGCAUCUGGAGGGGGCAGCCAGGCCUCCCAGAGGGUCUCAGGGAAGCCAUGUGGAGGACUUUGGGGCUGUCAGCUAUAUCUAGGCCAGUCAAACUUGGCCCUGAGAAGGAAGGGGCUUCAGGUCUCUCCUAGUCACCGCCCAGAGGAUCAUCUCACCUCUACUGCCCAGGCCUGAAAGAAGCAGGUACUUCAGUUCUUAAUUCUUUCUGUCUUGUGUCCUUUCUUCUUCAUACACUAUAAAUUCCACCUUCGGGCCAUUGUGCCACCAUGCUCCUGUGAGUACCAUUGACCUAAAGCUCUUCCCACAGACCUCCCUGGCCUAUCUUGAGGCUUUCUUGGUCAAUGCCUGGCAGGGCUCCGGCCCUGUUGGGCCAAAGGCUCUGUCAUUCAUAUACCUUCCCAAACAUCUGAGCAGAUCCACCCAGCUUUCUGGAGUCACAGGCCAAGAAGUCUACCUUCUUGAUAGAAGGUGGAAUCGAACACAAUUUCUGUCCUUCUCCUAGGGUGAUUUUUAGGUAUUUUUGAUUCAGUAGCCCUCUGGAAAACUCUGUUCCCAAAAGGGUGAUCAGCAAGUUGCUAAGGAAAGAUGGUUGACUCUCCUCUCAGUCACAACCACCUUCCUGUUACCUCCCACCUGGAUCUGGCUUUCCCUAGAGGCUGCUCCUGUGAGAAGAUGGCAUGUUGGAGGGGCCUGUUGUGCUUGAUCUGUCUCAAUAUCAGUAUCAGGGCCUCUCUGCUUCUAGCUGCCUUGAUCUGCCCUCUGCUAAGACCUCAUGCUCUCAGAGGCCACAGUGCAGACAAGAGAAGCAGUAGGGACCCUGAAAACCUUCCCACCCUCGCCCCCAUCCCCUCGCUGCUACAUGGAUGUUGUUGUGAUUGCAGUUUGUAUAUUAAAGGGUUUUUGUAUUAAAUAUGUUUGGUUGGUCUAAAAAUAAAAAGCACUUCAUCUA